AUGUCUUCAAAUCUAACCACAGAAAAUCUUAUCAUUCUGGCAGUUCCUCCAUUGGACCUUGGUCAGGAAGAUCGUGAGACCUUGGCCGACUACAAGAAAGCCGUGUUGGCCUAUCGUAGCUGGGCCAGUCUUAGAUGGUGGAACAACACCUAUGCCAGUGACAGUGUGCCUCAGGAUGAAUCCGUAGCAUCGGCUGCGAAGCGGGUUGGCUACUCCGCUCGAGUAGCCGAUUAUAAUAUCAAGAAUACUCCUUGGCUAUCGUUAACCAGUAGUUUGAUCAAGAACAAAAGUAUCCGCGUAUCCUCCAAAGACUUCCACGGCGCUCUCACGGAUACCAUUUUAGAGGGAUUCAUCUCUUUGCCCGCCAGUGGAUCCGACGAUUUGGAGAACUUCUUUAAAGUUCUCACAGAGGCAGUCGAGACCCGGUCUCAAGUUAGUGACAACAUCCAGCAAUACUUAGUUUUGCAGCGAUACGAUUACUCACCACAUGCAAGAACUGUUCGUUCAUUCAUUCGUACCUGUUUAUUUGAGGUUACCUCAGAAAUGGUUGAAGUACAACGAAAGAAGAGUUCUUCAACCACCAUUAACGUGUCCAUCGUAUACAAUGAGUACGAAGCAGUGGUCAACAUGGCUUCUUGGACACAAGUCUCUGACAUGAUUGAAGAGCAGGAAAAAUAUAGAAUGGAGGACUAUGUUAAGAAUGAUACCAUCGAGAUUUCAGGUUGA